CCAAUCAGCUGCAGGCUGCAGUAAUGAAGCCCUCGUGUUCCCAUCAUGCACCGCGGGAGGAGAGAGAGGCAGGAGGAGGACCACGGGUUGGAGGACAGAAGAAGAAGCAGCCUCCGAGGAGAGAGAAGAAGAAGAAGGAGGAGGUCCAUCAUCCGACACUCGUUCAUCAUCUUCAUCUUCAUCAGGUGCGCGUGCUGCAGCUUGUCUGCUCGUGCCGCCUUUGAUCUCCAGCUCUUUGUGUGUUUGUUGUUUCCCGCGGCGGCUUCUUGUUUGACUCKGUUCUUCCUCUCAGCCCCCCAGGCCUGACGGACCCACCAGCUCACCUUCAUCAUCAUCAUCAUGAACUACCUUCGGCGGCGCCUGUCAGACAGCAGCUUCGUGGCCAACCUCCCCAACGGCUACAUGAUGGACCUUCAGAGGCCGGCCCCUUCGGGCUCCUCCACCUCCUCCCCCGCCUCCCCUGCCACAGAGAGGCGGCAGCCCCCCAGCGUCCCCACCCAGAGCCAGAGUUCUGGCUCGGGUUCCGGUUCGGGUUCGGGCAGCUUCCUCAGCUCCUUCUCCAGCGUGGUGAAGAGCGCUCAGGUGGCUCAGAACGUGGCCGCAGCCGCACACGCCAAAUCGGCUGUGGCCGCGACGGCCGAGGGCCCCGCCUCCGCCGGAGCGGCUCCGCCCACCAAACCUGUGGUCCGGAAACCCAAGAUCCUGCUGGUGGUGGAUGAUCAGAACACAGACUGGGCGAAGUAUUUCAGAGGGAAGAAGCUGAACGGAGAAUAUGAGAUCCGAGUGGAGCAGGCUGAGUUCUCUGAGAUCAACCUGGCCUCCUACGUCAGCUCGGGCUGUAUGGUKGACAUGCAGGUCAACAAAGGAGGCACCAAGGUAGUCAGGUCCUUUAAGCCAGACUUUGUCUUGAUCCGCCAACACGCUUACAGCAUGAUACCAGGUGAGGACUUCAGGAACCUCGUGAUCGGCCUGCACUUUGGUGGCGUCUCUAGCGUCAACUCCCUCUUUUCCAUCUACAACUUCUGCAGCAAACCUUGGGUGUUUUCUCAGAUGAUUAAGUUGUACCGCUCCCUCGGUCCUGAGAAGUUCCCCCUGAACGAACAGACCUUCUACCCCAGCCACGCACAGAUGAUUAAAGUGGAGAACCAGCAGGACUUCCAGGACAUCACCAGCGUGGUGGCUCUGGCCGGGACGUACGCCACCACCGAACCCUACGUCCAGUCCAAAUACGACAUCCGCAUCCAGAAGAUCGGCAGCAACUACAAGGCCUACAUGAGAACUUCCAUUUCUGGCAACUGGAAGGCAAACACCGGUUCUGCCAUGUUAGAGCAGAUUGCAAUGACUGACAGAUAUCGUUUGUGGGUGGACUCCUGCGCAGAGAUGUUCGGUGGCCUCGACAUCUGCGCCGUCAAGGCCGUCCACGGAAAAAACGGCAACGACUACAUCAUCGAGGUGAUGGACAGCUCCAUGCCUCUGAUUGGAGAACACGUGGAGGAGGACAAACAGCUGAUCACAGAGCUGGUCACCAGUAAGAUGGCCCAGGUGCUGCUGGGAGUUUCCACACCUCAGCCUUCCUCAGUGAAGACCACCCAGCCCAGACGAGGAGGACAUCGCUCUGCCUCUGCCUCUCCCUCCCAGUCGGCCCAGGGCUCUCCUCAGAGGGCCCGCUCAGCCACCACCUCCCCCAGCCAGGCCUUCCAGCCCGGUCCCAUCCCUGCCUCCUCUGGACCCGGGGCUCAGAAACAGUCACCGCAACUAAAUAAAUCUCAGUCCCUGACCAACACCUUCACGGAGACGUUACGUGGAAGCCUGACUGACGACGAGGCCAAGGCCGAGACCAUCCGCAGCCUCCGGCAGUCGUUCGCCAGCCUCUUCUCCGACUAGAGGUCAUCAGGUCAAAGAUGAAAGAAACGAGCUCCACCUGUUCUGGACUUUCCUCUUUUCUGAGCUUUGGUUUCGUGCUCUUUGUGUCUGUGUUUGUGGACCUUCUUCCAUCUAUAACGGCUCUAUCACUGGAACGGCCAAUCAGGAUUCAGAGUGAUGUCAUCACAAGUCGCCCUGACGGUUUGGUCCUUCCGGUGUUAAACGAUAAAUAACUCAUGUUCUUACUCGUCCUGCUUGGUGUCGGUUCCUUCUGCCCUCUGUCUGUUUGUGUUUCUGUACUUUUAUACUUUUGAUUGACGCUCAGCUUCCAGAUUUGUUUUCUGACGGCAGUUUUCUCACCCAGAACCACCUUCCUCACAGUCCACCAGCGAACGUCUGCCGUGACCCGACUUUACCAAAGUGCUUUGAAAUAAGAAGUCACGCAGCGAACACAACCAUCGAGUUUUACCAGGUGCAAAGAGCUGAACUGGCUCUCAGCCGCCGUCUUCCGCCAGCUCCGACCCGCACGCCAUCGCCGCUCGUCUCUCCUCUCAGCAGCUGGAUUUACAGUCUGAGCCGUCCUCCAUCGUUCCUGCUGCUCCGGAGCUUUACAAACGCCAUAUUUGGAGUCCAAAGCGGGAAACGUGGCGUCCCUGCGGUCGUAAACAUUCUGCAACACUUUUAUAGCCUUUCAGGUUUUAUUUACAGCGCCUCGGGAAACUUCCUGGAAAGCGGAUCCUUUCAUCUCGCAGCGCGCCGUCGGGUUUCCUGGAAGGUGAAAUCAGAAUCAGGUUUUAAAUUUUCGUUUGCAGCUUUCUUUAAGGUUCAGCUCGCGGUUCAGACUCAUCGGGUUGAAAACGGGAUCACCUUCGGGUGGCGCUGAGGAAGACUAUGCAGCAGAAUUUAGUGCAAACUGAUGCAAAAUAAAGAAAAGUUUCAUUAAAUAACAGAAGCUUAUGAUGAAGAAAUGCAUGCUGGGAUAUAAUUUCCCCUCUGGCAGAUCAGUUUAUAUAAAGAGCAGUUCAGAUCUUUAGAAGUGCGGUUUUAUGGAAAAGUAAACAGUAUCUUACCUGUUUCAGAUAGCUCUUUGAACGACCAGUUUGGGGAAAGUGAGUUUAUUUCUGACCAAGCUGAAAAACUAAUGUCUAAAUGGCAAAAUCUAUGGCUCAAAUAGGAGCAGCAGUUAGCUGUAGCACUUCCUUUGCAGCCUGGAGUCACCUCGUGCAGGAAUAUCAAGAUAUUUCUGAGAAAAAAAAACCCUACAACGUGAAACUGACCGUAAUAAAAAAGGUUUUAAACAACUUUGGUUUCGCUCUGCUUGGACUUUUCUGACGAGCUAAUGGCUAGUCUGAGCCGGGUCACCUGCAGAGACCGUUGUGUUGUUUUAAAACUAAUCCUUAACACUGCCAUAAAUGUAGUCUUCCAGCAGAAAUGUAACAAAGUCCUAAACAGUUAGCUGGUAUUUUUAUUAACUUCAUUAUUGUUUGAUUGUUUUAUAUAUUUUUUGCAGUAUUAGUUUUAGCUUUAAAUGUUUUUUAUAAAACUGAUUUGUUCUGAAAUUUUAGGAACGACUCUUGAAAUUUGAAAAUUCCCACAGAAUUUCAUUUAAAAACUGAUUAUGUAAAUAUUUAAAUGUUCUCCCAAACCGCUAAAAUGUUUGACCCACUCUGGUCUUAGCUUCUGAUUAGCCGUUAGCUUGUCGAUCAAACAGUUAUCUACAGCAGGUUGGAUAUUAGUUGCUCGUAACCUCUCUGCAGAACCCACAUUCAAAGAACCUGGACCAUCACUUUACCUGCAUGACGUCGUGUAAAAACGUUUUGUGUGAACGAGUAUCUUUUUCUUGCAAAUAAUAAAAAAAAUCCAUUUUUGCAAUAACAAUGAUUUGAAGCCAUUUUGAUUCAACUUUGAAAAUAAGAAGCUGUUUGACUUUUAUUUUGAAAGGAUUUUUAAUCUUGUCUCACUGAUAAUGAUUAAAAAACAUGUUUUGCUCUAACAAACAGCUGCUGAUGAGGCAGAAUUCUUAAAAAAUAGUCAUAAAUCUGUUAUUUGUUUUAAUUUAAACAUUAAACAGAGUUUAUAGUAUGGAUGGAACGUAAAAAUAACACUUAUUUCUCUAUUGAUUCUGUGUCAAAAUGGACCAAAUUAAUGCCAGAGCGUUCUGUCGUCAACCUGAAAAUAAUAAAUCAGAAUUAUAAGCCAUAAUUGAACGAGGAGCGGCCACAAUAAUCCCGGUAAUCCGGCCUGCUAACUGUGGGCCGAUAUUCGUCUUACUGUUUUUGAACAUAUCAGAUAAAACUGAGUCAGGAUUUAUCAUCAGACGAUAACUGAACUGAAUUAAUGUUCAUCUCAGUCCGUUUUAAUGUGUUUAAUCUUAUUUGGGCAUUCUGGGAGAUGUAGGCAGUCCUUAUUUCAAAUGGGUAAAACCAGUGGUGGGCACAGUUUUGCUAAUCCGCUAAUGAUUGAACUAGUUUCUCAUUUAGCAGAUUAGCUUUGUCGCUAAUUUUGGAACAGUUAGCCGACUGAUUAGCUUCUGCUAAAUUAGAUUUAGCUCAUUUUAACUCCGCUAAAAUUGUAAAACUUCUAUUUGUAUGCAGAUUAUCUUAAAUUUAAUAAAAACCAUACCCUCUUACAAACAGUGCUGGAUGAGUCAGGCACCGUGUAUGUUAGCAUGUAGCAUCUUUAGCAGCUAAACUUCAAACUAAGAGCGUCAGAAAGAAAUAAAGCAGUUAACAAAACUCAAAUCAAUACAAAAAAUUGACUACGUCUAAAAUAUGGUAGAGAAAGUAUUUCUUAUUUUAAUAACUUCAAAAGAUAUUUAUAAAAAUACAAACUAGAUCAAAGAAAUACUUUUAUUCUGAAAGGGGUAAACUGGAAGUCAAGUCAGACAGAGCUAUAACUGGUUCGGAUUGGCUGUUUUGCCACAGAUAAGCCCCGCCCAUCUUCAAAUUUAUCCAAUAAAAGCUAAAAAUAGGAGAUAGAGAAUGGUUAGCAUUAGCUUCCACUAAAUUUUUAUCUCUCUAGCAGGUACGCAUUAGCAGAGCUACGAUUCUUGUUUAGCAGWUUAGCAUUAGCAAAGCAAAGAUUUUUAUUUAGCUGAUUAGCUUUAGAGGAGCUAAGACUCAUGCUUAGCAGAUUAGCCUUAGCGUAGCGGUUCUUGUUUAGCGGAUUACGAAUUUUUUUUUUGUUAGCUGUGCCCAUCACUGCAUAAAACAAAAAUAUGAAAUGCUUUUAUUGUGAUAGAUUUUUCAGCCGUGUCCCAGGCUAAUCUAUGAUUUAAUUUAAACUUCUUGUAUUAAUCUGUGAACUGUUUUGUUUUAUAAAAACGUGUCAAAAUCUGUUUCUGCCUUUUAGAAUGUCUGAAAACUAAACUCAGACGAGUCGAAGAGACGAGGCUGAAAGUUUCUGUGGGAACAUUUCGCCUCAGUCUUGUAUUUAUAACGACCAGUUUUUUUUAAAUUAUUUAUUUAUUUAUUUGUGCGUCCUCCUUCGUCUCGUCAUAAAUCACCUGGCGCGGCCGUGUUCUGGUUCCUGACAGAACCGGACUCUUCAUUAGUUCCUGCACGGGUUCUCGCUGAACGCCUUCAGUUAGUUUUAUUUUGAAAAACGUGUUUGUGUUUGUGUGUUUCAGUGUAAACGUGGCAUGAAACCCGACUCUUCGUUUGUGCCUCAGGUGUGUAAAUUAGGUGGUCAUGUGAUCUAAAUGCUUAUUCGUGAGAAGUGAGAUGCAUUUCAUGCGUUUCUGUAAUUUAUUAGUAUCCACAUGGUUUCUGUAAUUUUUCUCAUCUUGUCUGUAAAAAAGAAACAAACAAAAAAAGAGAUUAAAGAUAAAGUUUUGUUAAAGCUG